AACCUCACUAUCAACCUAAUCACCAAAAUUUAUUAAACUUCUGUUGACGCCUAUACACGACAACUAUCCUUGCGUUUGUAUUUUCCACCAAUCCAUAAUUUGUUUCGUUUUGUUCAUCACAAAAACAUAACCAGAGAGAAAAAAUGCCGGAGGCUACGACCGCCAUUGAUUAUGUAAUGGAGAAAGCUUCAGGCCCUCAUUUCUCUGGCCUUCGUCUCUCUCCUUCGACUACUUCCUCACCUCGCGCUUCUGCUUCUGGUUCUCCUCCUUCCGCUUCCUUCUUCGUUGAUUCCGAUCUUCCCAAUCAGCCUUUUGUAAUAGGAGUAUCGGGAGGGACGGCAUCGGGGAAGACGACGGUAUGUGACAUGAUAAUUCAACAGCUUCAUGAUCAUCGUGUUGUGCUUGUUAAUCAGGAUUCGUUUUAUCGUGGAUUGACUGAUGAGGAAUUGGAGUGUGUCCAUGAGUAUAACUUUGAUCAUCCUGAUGCUUUUGACACCGAGCAGCUUCUUGAAUGUGUUGGGAAGCUUCAAUCUGGACAACCUGUGCAAGUUCCUAUCUAUGAUUUCAAGACACAUCAGAGACGCACAGAUACCUUUAGGCAGGUGAAUGCAUCUGAUGUUAUCAUCUUGGAAGGUAUUUUGGUAUUUCAUGAUUCACGUGUCAGGAACUUAAUGAGCAUGAAGAUAUUCGUGGAUACAGAUGCUGAUGUGAGGCUGGCACGUAGAAUCAGGCGUGACACAGUUGAGAGGGGUAGGGAUAUCAACUCUGUUCUUGAGCAGUAUGCAAAGUUUGUCAAGCCUGCUUUUGAUGAUUUUGUUCUGCCGUCAAAGAAAUAUGCUGAUGUUAUCAUACCAAGAGGAGGUGAUAAUCAUGUUGCGAUAGAUUUAAUUGUGCAGCACAUUAGCACAAAGCUUGGUCAACAUGAUCUGUGCAAAGUUUAUCCCAAUGUCUAUGUCAUUCAAUCAACAUUCCAGAUAAGGGGCAUGCAUACACUGAUUCGAGACCAAGAAAUAACAAAGCAUGAUUUUGUUUUCUACUCUGACCGGCUCAUUCGUCUGGUUGUGGAGCAUGGUCUAGGCCACUUGCCAUUCACUGAGAAGCAAGUGGUGACUCCUACAGGAUCAGUAUACACUGGGGUGGAUUUCUGCAAGAAAUUGUGUGGUGUAUCAAUUAUUAGAAGUGGUGAAAGUAUGGAAAAUGCACUGCGUGCUUGUUGCAAAGGAAUAAAGAUUGGAAAGAUUCUUAUACAUCGAGAUGGAGACAACGGGAAACAGCUUAUAUACGAGAAACUUCCAAAGGAUAUAUCAGAACGGCAUGUUUUGCUAUUAGAUCCUGUCCUUGCCACAGGUAAUUCUGCUUGCCAGGCAAUUGAGUUGCUUAUACAGAAAGGAGUUCCAGAAGCCCAUAUUAUUUUUCUGAACCUCAUAUCAGCACCUGAAGGCGUCCAUUGUGUUUGCAAGCGUUACCCAUCCUUGAAGAUUGUCACUUCAGAGAUUGAUGCUGCGUUGAAUGAAGAGUAUCGUGUAAUACCUGGAAUGGGAGAAUUUGGGGAUCGUUAUUUUGGUACUGAUGACUGAAGAUGCAAGGAGUGAUGAUUGUGCUGUGUUUUCUCGUUGAUACGAGGUUGCAGUCUACUACUCGAAUAUCUGCUUGGUACUGGCACGAAAAGCCCAUCUCCAGUUUUAUGCAGGAUUCGGCCUCGUAUUAAGUAUCUUGUGAUGUAAACUACAAUUUUUAUAUCAGCGAAGCACCCGUAUUAGCACAAAGGGAAAUAAACUAAAUCUACAUGCGUUUCUGCAUUAGCAGUUCUUGAAUGAUCUGCACAGCUUCUUUGAUAACUAGUUCCUCUACAUAUUGUUACUUUUAUUAGCUAGUUUAGGGAUAGGUGGACUGGGACAAUUUACAUAACCAUGGUUAAAACUUAGGACGGUCGUUUUUUUUUCGUGUCUGUAUCAUCCAUAUCUGUCUAUUUCCGACAUGGUGAAAAAUCAAUGGGUAGAAGCUUGUAUGUAAUUUACAUGCAAUCGGAUUGUUUUGUACUCA